AAACCCAUCCAAUAAGAUCUCUGCGCUCAAGUCGAUUAGAGGCGAGUGGAUUGCGUGCUCUGAAAUUCAAUUUCGACUUAAAUUACAACAAGCGCCCGCGUAAAGAGUUAAUCAAUCCACGGUUAAUUGAAGUAUUCGUAAUUAUGUAAUGAGUGGAAUGUGUUUGCUGUGAAAAGUGGCAAAGUUUCAACCGUUGGCUGUGCCUUCUAUGACGUGGUGUUCGGCGUGAGGGAAGAUCUCGUCGAGGAAUCCGGGAAGUUCCGUCGAAAACGUGUUUUGUGUGUUUGCACCUCAUCCCCAGCUCUUCAGGUGUUUGUUUUGUGUUUCCCGGGAGAAUCGUGAGUGUGGAGUGUCGUGAAAUUGGCUCGAAAGAGUCAUCGUCUUGCGGGCACCGUGACAGUGCAGCUUGUGGACAGAGAACUUGGCGAGAACGCGGUAAAGUGCGGAAAUGAUUGAUUCCAGUUGUUGCGAAGACGACAAGCAGCGAAAAGCGUGAAGGGACAGCGGAAACUAUUCGGCCCGCUCUCGCGCUGCCACUCUCGCAAGUAAACUGUCAAUUCAUCGUCAAAUGUCAGAUGUGAAACGUCAAACUGCGAACAAAUCGAAUCGACCGAAAUCUAGUUGUAAUUUUGCGGCGCAACUUCCAACGCGAAAAUUGCAAAUUCUGCCCGUAAUGGCCAAUAAUAUUUGAAUAAAUGUAAAGUGUGCAUGUGUCUAUGGAGUUGUUUGGGUGAAAUUGAUUACCGGAAUCAGUGGAUCAAAGGGCGAAAAAGUGUUGUGCUGUGGUCACGGUGUGCGAAUGAAAAGCUUUUUGUAGUUGCAUUUUGUCGUGGAAAUCGUCGUCAUGGCUCGAAAUCACAAGUGCUCGCAUUUAGAAAACAUUGUCCAGCUUUCGUUGCCGGAACUAUGCAAAAUCAAACAGGGACACUCAUGUUCAGAAUGUGACAUAUUUGGACCGAAUUUAUGGAUAUGUUUGCACCGAAAUUGUCUUCACAUCGGCUGUUCUGAGCAGGCAAAUGAUCAUAGUACAAAGCACUUUAAGUUUAAUCAUCAACAUUGCAUUCAUAUGAACUUAUCGUCCCAACGAAUUUGGUGUUAUCUUUGUGAGACGGAAGUAUUUUUGCCGCAACGGCGUAAUUCGAUUGUUAGUAACGAUUCAAGUGACACGAGUCGGUACUCGGAAAGGAUCUACGAACGAGCCAUGAGUGUUGGGAGUGGUGGUGGCGGUGAAUCGCCUGAAUCGAGUGGCGAUGAAGAUGACGGAGAUCGACGACAUCUAGAUGGACUUGUUGGGCUACAAAAUAUCGCCAAUACAUGUUAUAUGAAUGCAGCACUGCAAGCGUUGAGCAACUCCCCACCAUUGACAACAUACUUUCUAGAUUGUGGCGAUAUCAUAGAGGCUACUAGUGAAUUAACUGGAAAUCAAAGGAAGAUUGGUUUGGCGAAAAGUUACCAUCGGUUAAUGAAGGAGAUGUGGUGCAGGAAUAAGAGGAGUAAUGGCUACGUCGUUCCGCGAGGGAUACUUUACGGAAUACGGAGCGUUCAUCCCAUGUUCAGAGGGUUCCAACAGCACGACACGCAGGAGUUCCUUCGGUGCUUUAUGGAUCAACUGCACGAAGAGUUGAAGGAAGUCACACCACCGCCGCCUGAUAUUCUAGUGAAAAAUAAUGUUGCAACAGAGGAGAAUGAUGAUAAUUCGCCAUGUUCUUCGCCAUCGCCUUCUCAGUCAGAAGCUGAAUAUGAAACUUGUGAUAGUGGAGUCUCGGAGCAGUCGAGCUUGUCUGAUGAAAUUCCCGCGUCUUCAGGUCAUAGAUCACCCAGUCCAACCACGUCAACAACCAACCAAAGAUAUAAUACAUAUUCAACCAAGGCGCCAAUUAGUAAUUCAAAUUCCGAGACCAAUGUCCUUUCGUCACCGCCACAAAGUCCACAGAAUCUUGCAAACACCCCACAGUCUAAAGUAAACUCACAAUCAGACAAAUCACCACCGAAACCUCCACAUCGGUCGAUAAUUAGUGAUGUCUUUGAUGGAAAACUUCUCUCGUCCGUACAGUGUCUGACAUGUGAUCGAAUAUCAACAAGAGAAGAGACUUUUCAGGAUCUUUCACUUCCGAUUCCUGGCAAAGAUCAUUUGGCUGUUUUGCAUCAGUCGCAGGGAAUAUCGGUGGCGUUGAUGAACCAACCACCUCCGUCGGGAGUGAACUGCACAGAUGCUGUUUAUCAGGUGGGCCAGGACGGUUGGAUAUGGUGGCUGUGGAACUGGUUCAAAUCGUGGUUCUGGGGUCCUAUGGUGUCUCUUCAUGAUUGCUUGGCGGCCUUCUUCAGUGCGGAUGAACUCAAGGGUGAUAAUAUGUACAGUUGUGAAAAAUGCAACAAACUUCGUAAUGGCAUCAAAUAUUCAAGAGUCUUAGCGCUGCCAGAAAUGUUAUGUAUACACCUGAAACGUUUCCGGCAUGACCUGUCCUAUAGUUCGAAAAUCUCUAGUCCUGUAAAUUUCCCGCUCACCGGAUUGGACAUGCGACCGUACCUACAUAAGGACUGUAAAUCGGAAAUAUACACAUAUGAUCUGACUGCUGUGAUAUGUCAUCAUGGGACUGUUGGCGGUGGUCACUACACAAGUUUUGCCAAACACGAAUUGACUGGAAAAUGGUUUGAAUUUGACGAUCAACUUGUUACCGAAGUUUCACCGGAUGUUGUGCAAAAUUGCCAAGCAUAUGUUUUGUUCUAUAGAAAAAGUAAUCCACAAAUGUCGAUAGUGCGGGCUGAAGCGUUAGAAUUGGCCGAUACGAAUCCACCACAAGCCUCAGACAUAAGAUUCUUUGUCUCCAGGCAGUGGCUAAGUCGGUUCAAUACAUUCGCGGAACCAGGACCUAUUGACAACUGGGCUUUGCUAUGUCCUCAUGGUGGUUUGCCGCCUGUGAAAGCAGCGUUAAUAUCUAGACUGGCCGUUCCUUUGCCUCAGCCGCUUUGGGAUUUCUUGUAUAAGAAGUUUGGGGGUGGACCGGCCUGUAAUCAUCUAUUCGAAUGUGACAUAUGUAGGUUAGCAGCGGAAUCGCUUACUCGAAGACAGCGGGCUGAAUUGGCCGCUUUCACUCAAUAUAAUGACGAAUUUCAAUAUCAAGAAACUCCGACAACAAUUUAUGCAAUUUCAAUGGCUUGGUUUAGACAAUGGCAAAUGUUUGCCAGAGGUGUGACGACGGAGGAGCCGGGACCUAUUAAUAAUGCUACUAUUGCUGCCCCUUCGGAGACUGUGCCGAUCCGGAAUGUACGUCCCGGGUCAGAUUAUGCUCAAAUCAAUACAACGUUGUGGAAAUUUUUCUAUGGAAUUUAUGGAGGCGGUCCAGAGAUCAUAUUGCGAGGUGGACCCGCUGAAGAUACUAAAAUCUCAAAGCAGGACAAGGAGGCAGACCAAAUGGACAUCGAUCCAGACAGUGAAACAGGAGCGGAUUCAACAUUUGAAAACGCAAACACCACAAUCACUCCCGAACCUGAUUCUAGAUCAUCGGCUAAUUCGAUAUGCCCUCCUGGAAUGACGACGCCCCCGACACCGACAGCUGUAUCGCCAUCAGUCCCACAACCGGUCGCCUGUGUAAAACCAAUGAAGAGCGUUUCCUUCGAGGAUGAGACUGAAUUGAACAGCCUUGAUACCGUUUCAACGACCAAGUGUGAAAGUAAUCGUUCCAGUAUGGAUGAAAACGAGCAUGUAACGUCAACGACAGUCAUCACCCCACCAAUUAAUGUCCACCAUACGUCCCGUCAUUCCGGUACGAAACGUGGCAAGCAUUAUUCGAGUACGUCGUCAAGUGGUGUAAGCAAUAGUGGUAGUAGUGUCAAUCCGGAUCUUUUACUUGGAAAAAAAGACAAAAGAUAUCGUGGUGCCAUGAAAUCAAGUGGAUUUUUCGGACCUGAAGGUACAACCUUGAAUAGUUCUUUAAAUUAUCGCAAAAGCAAAUACUACACACAUCCGUACCAUCAAACAUCAGCAACGACAAAUAGCAACAUUCCCGAUGAUUCAACAACAUCCUCUCACAUACAUUCUGGACAUUCGUCUUCACAAUCUACCAACCACACUCCUGCCAAUUAUUCCUUUAAUGCCAAUGAUCCCACAUCUAAUCCUAAUCCUAACCAAAAUUCACAGAUCCCAUCCUCACCGGAUUUAAACAGCAAUGGCGGAACAAGUCCUGUUACGACCAUGAAUCAAAUGAACAAACGGACAACGGAGGAAGUAACACCACUUUUACAUCAUCGACGAUAUCCGUCGUCAACAAUGUCGACACAAUCGACAGUCAUACCAUCAACGCCUGGCCUGUCCUCGUCAAUGACACAAUCGGAAUCCGAGACUAUUGUCGCGAACAAUCUGAAUGCUGAUCAAAAAUCUCCGGUGGCCAAUCGUAGUAGCAGCAAUGGAACUAGCAUAAAUGUGAUGAAAGCUUCUUCGUAUCGGAAAAAGUUGAAAUCGAAAAGUGGCAGAAAGUAUUCAAUGACCAAUCACCAUUCGAAUCAUAACGAUGUGAAUGCCAGCGAUAGUGGAUGAUGGAUGAGAGCCAAGGCAUGGAUAACGUGGUGGAUGAGAUUGGAAUGACGGUUAAGAUAAGUUUGUAGGGGAGGGGAAUGCCGCGCGUGUUUCAUUUCGUUUUUAAUUAGUUCUUUGUUGUAAAUUUACCGGGAAGAUGUUUCCGAGGUUUUUUUUAUUCGAAUAGAAACCAAAACACACGAUUGGCUUAGGUAUUUAAUGUAUUUAACUCUUCGCAAAUCGAAGAAACGUGAUAUUGAAUCUUUAGAUGAUGAUAGUCUGCGUGGAUUCGGAGGAUUCGGGUAGCUCAUCUUGAUAAUAGCCCUUAACCGAGCGAAAAGUAGAAAUCAAUGCAAUGGGAAAUCAAUCGACGACAGCCUCGGAGAAUUGCAGAGAACCUCAGUCUACUGUCGAGACAUUCAGUUUAUGACAAUUAUUGUUUUAUGUACUAUCUUUCGAGCCGGAGUCGGAAAUUAGACGACGAAGGAGCAUUACGGAUUGUAGCCUGCAUUCGUAUACACGCCCCAAACUCAGUAAGAUUUAGCUCUUAACUGGUACCAUCCCUUUUUGCAGAUUGAUGUGGGAUGUGGCUCCCAUCUUCAUAAAAUAUUUUUUGCUAGAAAUUGCGCCCAAACAGCGCGGUUGACCUAAAAGGGACGAAUCCCUCUUCUCCUUAAAAGGCCUCUCACAGUCCCAUAAUUCAGGGAUACUAAUUUCUUUCCUUCCUCUCUUGAAAAACAAUGAAAAUUCUGCAGUUCUGCGACUCAUCUCAUCUGAUUUCUCCUUGCAUAUCUUUUUCACAAUCCAAUCCAAGCCUAAAUUAACAAUUUCAAACUUUUUCCUCAAAAGAUAUUUUCACAAUUGUGUGAUGAGCGAAAAAAAAGAUCGAUUUGCGAAUACGAAUCUACACACGCGGAAUUUAUAGGAGACUAAUAAAUUGUUCAGUAAGAAAACAACAACAAAUAACUGCAUUGUUCGAUUUGGAUUCAUUUCAACUUCUUGGGCGCUAUUUUGAGCGAUUUUUCUCGAUUAUUAUUGGGAGAAGUAUUCAUUUCCACCAAUUUAGGUUCGAAUUUCUCUUCAUCUUCGCAUUGUUCAUGGACAAUUGACAAAAUAUUGUUGCAUUUAAAUAAAAAUGGAAAACGAGUAGUUCAAAUUCCUGUACGAUUCCUGUCUGUUAAGUUUUAGUGAGAUGUGCAUGAGCGCUUACUGGGGUUGAAGAACGAGGAGCAGGGAACUCGUAGAUUCCCAAGAUCUGAAUCUGUUGUCGACCUUCAGGAGGCGAGACUCGAUUAAAUUUUCUUGGAAAGCCAUCAGUCUUCUUUUUCUUCGGCCUUUGUCCCGUCUACAAGCGGGAUCGGCUCUUGGGAAGCCAUCAGUGAUUGAGGGAUAUCGAGCAAGAAAAAACGAGCCCCAUCUUUUCAUUCGUAUGACCCAGAGGCAAUCAUGCACAGCUCAACCGUUUGUGUCGCCCUUGAUCUGUUUCCGUUUCCUGUUUAUUUGUGACAUUCAUGUUACUCUCUUAAUAUUCCCAAAGUAUUCCUCACAAGACUAUGGAUUAAAGUAUCUUUGUUCGGUUCGUGUGUCUGUUGGCCUUCUUUUGUGCAUUAUGAGAAUAUUACGUGAAAGUACUCCUUUAUUAAUAAAACAUUUAUGAUUGUGUCAAUUCCUAUAUUUCUAGUUUAGACAAAAAAAAAAUUGGGGAAAAAAAAGUGAAAAAAGAGGGGAAACUAUUGUUUAUUUCUAUAAAUAAUUUAUUAAAUGAUUGUUUCAGUUCUUAAUUUUCAUUUAUAUUAUUAUUUACUCUUUGCUUAGCUGGGGG